AUGGAGGACCUCAGCUUUCUGCACGCGGACCCAGACGAGGAUCCCAUCGAUCAGCCAGAGAGCGAUGACGACGAUGAUGGUGUGAUCCAUGCUACCUUUCCAUCAAAUACCACCCGCGAGUCUAUCCACGCUGCCAAUAGUGCAUGGCUGCGCGAGCGACUGGGCAUGGGGUCAACGCGGAUACUAGACAAGGUUCUUGUGGUGCUGGACUGCUUGAAGGGGGAGAAAAUGGAUCUUCCGAUCUUUCUUGAUGCCUUGCUUUGGGGCGACUCGGAAUGCAUUGCUGAUGGCAAAGGCCAGUAUGCUCGGACAACACUCAUGACGAGCGAGUGCUUUCCAAGCAUAUUGGAGCGGUGCCACAAGCCUCCACGGCCAUCUGGUGGUGCUGUACCUGUUGCAGGGGGCCCUGUGCUGGAGAAGCUUGCUGUGGAUUUAGUUCAGCGUGCUGUUGACAAGGAGAUGGAAGCAUUGGCGCCACUUUUCCGCUCACCUCGUGAUGCCCUCACAGGGGAGAGGCUUGUUGAGAUAGAUUUUGGGGAGCUUAAAGCUGAAGCUCAAAAAUUGGCGCCAACUUUGUGGAAUGUGCUGCGGACAGCAGCCUACAGGCCGGCCCAAGCAAAGAGAAAUAAACGAAAAAAUCCUGACCUGGUUGUGCUCCACAUGAUCUCCCAAGCCCAGUACACACGAUCAAACCGCCGUGCCUGUAUUGCAAAGUUAUGGUCAAUCUAUUUAAAGGCCUGUGGUGUUCCUGUCCGUGCCUUUGAUGCGCUCCAUGCUAUAGGCCUUGUUAUGAGCCACAAAUGGACUGUUGAAGCUCUCAAAGGGCUUUCUGACACGGCACUACAUCUGAUCCAGCAAUUCAUCCAUCUCUAUCCCUGGCUUAUUACGCACGACAAUAUUAAUCUGGCAAUGCGCGUCUUCUCUCAAUGUCUCAACAACCAGGGCAACUUUAUUAGUGGUUGUGCGUUCACAAUUUACCUACUACCUAGCCAUGCUAUGCUCUCGACCAGCAUGAAUCGGGAGAUGCAAAUAUUCCGAGCUCAGCAUGCGACCCAAGUAUUUGAUUUUGGAGAUGUACUGUAUGGGACACCCGACUGCGACCUGCGCAUGCAACACCUUGAUGAACAUUAUAUCCUCCAACUUCUCUUGGAUUCCCCUGAUUUCGCCGACUACCCUCAUCUUGAUGAUGUCCUUUUCAAUUCUCCUCAGCCAACUCAUGCACUACCAACUGGUCCUGAAAAUGCAGUUAAAAUGUUUCUACUCCACACUGCCGAAAUUGACGAGUCUACCUAUGAAGGCACUCUGAAAGUAAUUGAUAGUGCCUUUCAGCAGCUCAAUAUCAAUUCACCAGAUGAACAACAACGCACAGGACUUGAGCGCUUUAUUGCCUGGAUUGGGGACCAGCUAACUGUAGAACGACUUCGUGGACUAUGGAAAUACCGGCAUGAAGACCACAAUUCAUAUGAUCGUCUUGACUAUAUGGUCCCAAUCUUUGGCUGGUUUCAUCUGCUCAUGGCACUGGCAAAUUCCCUUCACAAGCAGUUCUUAUGUAACUCAGCAACAACUGGGAGCCUACGGCAUGCCUUUGAUUUGCUUAGGCGCAAAAAUCUAAUCACUGCAUCCACCAAGGGUCCUUUCUGGCACCAUCUUGAUGAGGCUUUGCACCAUAUUGGUGAGGCACAUAUCCGUGCUUGCUGGCUUGAGGCUGCUAAAGUCACUUCCCUGGCAAUGCUCAAGUCAAAAUCUCCAGCCGAGUUGCGGAGUUUGGCAAAGAGAAUUGUUCGGGACUUUGCCUCUCGUGGUGCUAUCAACGAAAAUGAUCUCCUCCCAGAACCAGAACAAGAUGCAGUUUUCCAUGAGUGGACUCUGUUCAUUUAUAGUGUUCUUCCGUAUUUCCACUUGCGUCGAGCAAUCCGCAGUGGAGAUGUCGGUGUGAUUGAGGACCUUCUGCCGACCUUGCUCUUACGGGCUUAA